GUUCACUGCUGCUCAUAUAACAGGAUCCCAUCUGAGACCAGCAAACACCCAUCCCAAGCAGUAAGUGUUGAGAAGCCUCCCCUGCUUGGAUGUUCUGACUUCAUUGUUUUGCUGUGGGAGAAGCUGCUCUUCGGUCCCCAGUUGUUCCCGGAGCGCAGCCCAGCUGUUGUGUUGUUUUCCUGUUUUGAAGAGGAAGUGAGAAAUUCCCUCCACGUGUGCUGCGGCACUUGGAUACUAAGGUUUCGCUCCCGAUUCAGGAGCUGCCUGUAAUGAGCUCUCCGUGGGGCUUGGAGAGGAGUUUCCAGCUGUGCCAAGAGAAUAGGUGGAAGCUGUGAUCUCAUUUUGCACCAGAGAAGGAGGGGGAGAAGAAAUCCUGCAAGAAGCUAAAAUGUUGAUGGUGCAAAAAUUGGCCUAAGGGUACCACCGGUGGGAAAAGCAAAAGAAAAGCAGAAGCAGAGGAAGGCCCAAGGGAACAGGAUGGGAAACUUUUGUCGGAAGUACUGUGCCUGUUUGAAGCCCUUCAUCCCGUGCUUAUUCUUUAGGAAAGAAGGUGAGCAGGAUGAGAAAGUCGGCCAAGUCUUUCACAACCCUGCUGUGGUAAGGAAUAACUUCCAGGCAGGACAGAAUGACAGAGACAAUAAGAUAAAAGAGAGACCUUUACCUCCGCUGCCAGAACAGCAUCUGGUGAAUAUUUGCAAAUUUGUGGCACUCUUUGACUAUGAGGCUCGCACUGAGGACGACCUGAGCUUCCGAGCCGGGGAUAAGCUUCAAGUGCUGGAUGCACCCCAUCAGGGCUGGUGGUACGCUAGGCUCCUACUGCCAACGGGGUCAGUUUAUUCUCACCACAAGCUCCAGGGCUACGUCCCCGCCAACUACAUAGCUGCUGACCAGAGCAUCGAAGCUGAGCCAUGGUAUUUUGGCCCACUCAAACGAGCAGAUGCCGAAAGACAACUGUCAUACCCUGGAAACAAAGCAGGAGCCUUCCUAAUUCGAGAAAGUGAAAGUCUAAAAGGCGAAUACUCACUUUCAGUUUUUGAUGGUGUAUCUGUGAAGCACUACAGGAUCAGAAAGCAGGAUGAAAGAGGCUUUUACCUAACCAUACGGAAAACUUUCAAAACUCUGCAUGAAUUUGUUGACUAUUACAGUAAGAACAGUGAUGGCCUCUGCAUGGUGCUUGGAAAGCCAUGUAUAAAGGUACAAAUUCCUAGUACUUUCGAUUUGUCAUAUAAAACGGUGGAUAAGUGGGAGAUAGACCGGAAAUCUCUGAAAAUGGUAAAAAAAUUAGGAUCUGGUCAGUUUGGUGAGGUAUGGGAAGGACUGUGGAAUAACACCACCCCUGUGGCAAUCAAAACAUUAAAACCAGGUUCAAUGAAUUCAAAGGACUUUCUGAGGGAAGCACAAAUAAUGAAGAACUUGAGACAUCCAAAGCUUAUACAACUCUAUGCUGUCUGUUCUUUGGAGGACCCAAUUUAUAUUAUUACAGAGCUGAUGAGAUAUGGAAGUCUUCUAGAAUACCUUCAAAAAGAUGCAGGCUCCCAAAUUUUCCUGCAGCAUCAAGUAGACAUGGCUGCUCAGGUGGCUUCCGGGAUGGCUUACCUCGAAUCCCAAAACUAUAUUCACCGGGAUCUGGCAGCCAGGAAUGUUCUCGUUGGUGAACACGGGGUUUACAAAGUGGCAGACUUUGGACUUGCAAGAGUUUUCAAGGUAGAAAAUGAAAAUAUAUAUGAAGUUAGGAAUGAAUCAAAACUCCCAGUGAAGUGGACAGCCCCGGAGGCAAUCCGCUACAACAAAUUCAGCAUUAAGUCAGAUGUCUGGUCAUUUGGAAUACUUCUGUAUGAAAUAAUCACCUAUGGGAAGAUGCCUUAUGCAGGUGUGUCCGGGCACCAGGUGAUCCAGAUGCUGGACAAUGGGUACAGGCUUCCUCAGCCAGCAUCCUGCCCAGCGCCUUUCUACCGGCUGAUGCUGCAGUGCUGGAACGCGGUGGCGGAUGAGCGGCCCACCUUUGAGGCCCUCUGCGAUCAGCUGGAGACCUACUUUGACAAUGACUCCGAGUCCUAGGACCGUUCCCUGAACAUGUUGAAAUGAACCCCUACAGCGUGGGGGGCUAAGGGACCCCCAUGGUGGGGGCUGAUGGACAGAUGCCAGCCAACAUGGCUGAAGGGGAAGAGGGCUGUGAAAUCAGCCUAUCCUUCCUCGUGGAGGUUAUUAGGGGGUGCUGAGGGAUUCUGGUAUGUUCUCAUCCUCGCACUGAGACUCAAAGACACUGAAAAUUUUUGCUGCUGGCAAGUGUUUUGCAAGACUAAGCAUCAGGAAGCUGGAGGGGUGGGGGGCUUUUAAAAAAAUAGAAUGUCUUCCAUCUAUUUUUUAAAUAGCAGAUAGUUUGUCUACUGUUCCUCUUUUACAAGAAUGAACACAAUUAUUAUUAUGAAUUCUUGAAGCUGUUUGCUCUUAGUGCUGUUAAAUAGUGCUAUGGAACUGAUGAGUUAUUGCCAUUGAAGUGUAAAGAUUUAUUUUAUAGUUCUUCAUUUUAGGAAUAUUGGAGGAAAAGAUAUUUUAAUAUGAACUCAAGACUUCCUUAGCUUUUAGAGCGACAGCCCCUCCAAUCCCACUGCCCAAUUCACAGAGCCUCUCCCACAGGACAAUGCCCAGGGCAGGUCUAACUAUUUUGCAGAGGAACUAGCAAUCCAUGCUUUCAUCUUCUCUAGAUGUAACUCUGAUACAGGAAAUUUAAAUAAGAGAUGAUGAUGGUUUUUUUUUGUUCCAUGGGGAAAUAGAUCCAAGGUGCUUCUGCUAGCAGUCUUCACAGCUACAAAUUCUAGGGUUUUUUUUCAUUUUUUCUAAUUAACUGCAAUAAAACUGCUAAAACCUGAUAUCACUGUGACAAUUUUAUGUUCUCAAUUGUGAGGCUUAGAGAACCAAGUUUCAAUUAUUUACUUAUGAUUCAUCAGUUAAUUAUUUAACAACAUAAUUCAGGAAUUAAGAGCUGUAUUGUGUUAACAUAGCAUGAGCUCAGUAUAAGUGUGCUACCAUUUUCCUCUAAUAUCAAAAAAGGGUAUAAAUAAAUGAAAAGAUUCAUUACUUUAAA